CCCCCCCACCCCAUCACCCCACCUCCGAUUCGUAACCGCCAUGGAGACGGUGGGAGCUGCGCAGCGUCGGGGCUGAAUUGUGCAGAGAGCGAGUGAGGGGGGGCCGGGGCUGGGGCCCAGAGCCCCGGGACAAAGCGGAGGCUGGAGCAGGCAGAAGGCGGCCCAGAGCGGGGGUAGAGAGGCAGGCCGGAGUCUACCGGGAUAUACCCAAACCGGGGGCAAACUGACCACCGUACACAAAUGCAGUUGCCAUAGAUGACUGUUGAGCAGAGGAAAUUCUGCCUAGUCUUGAACUGAAUUUACAACAUUGCCUGCUGCAAACAUGGAUGAGCAGGAAGCUUUAAAGUCCAUUAUGAAGGACCUGGUUGCCCUGCAAAUGGGACGAAGGAGCCGAAUGAGUGGCUACGACAGCGUGAAGAGCAAAGCCAGCGUCCACGGCAACAAGCAGAAUGAUGUUCGAAUAAAGUUUGAACAUAAUGGUGAAAGAAGAAUCAUACAGUUCAGCCGUCCAGUUAAGUAUGAAGAACUGCACCAGAAAGUCAAGACCGUGUUUGGGCAGCUAAUGGAUUUAAACUACACAAACAAUGAGCUACUAAUUCCAUUACGAAGCCAGGAUGAUCUCGACAAAGCUGUUGACCUGCUGGAUCGAAGUUUUAACAUGAAGAGCCUGAAAAUCUUGCUUGUAGCUCAGGAGAAAAACCACACAUCACCAGCUUCUUCAGUUGUUACGAAACAGGUCCGCAUUAAGGCUUCUCAGUCAGUGGGAGACAUUCUCAGCACCAUCUACCAGCCACAAGAGUCACGAGGCAGGCACCUCUCUGUUGGUUCUCAGAACACAGGUCGAAGCUCACCACCCCCAGGAUAUGUACCAGAGCGACAACAGCGAAUUGCUCGCCAAGGAUCCUACACCAGCAUUCACAGUGAAGGGGAAUUCAUCCCUGAGAACAUGGAACAAUGUAUCUAUGAACCCCAGAGCAGUACUGAGAACUCCAUGUCGGGCAGCUGCCAGUCCUUAGAUAGGAGAGCAGACAGUCCAUCAUAUCGGAAGUCUCGUAUGUCCAGAGCGCAGAGCUACCCUGACAACAGACAGCUGUACCUGGAUCGUGAGAACCAUGUCUAUGAUAAGGCUGGAAAAGGGGGAACUUAUCCCCGACAGUUCCAUAUGUCUGUCCACCAGAAGGAUUAUGGUGAUGGACGGAGAACCUUCCCAAGAAUUCGCCGACAGCAAGGGAACCUGUUCACUCUCGUUCCCUCCAGCAGGUCGCUGAGUACAAACGGGGAGAACAUGGGUUUGGCUGCUCAGUACAUGGACAGCAGGGGGAGAAUCCGCAGCGGGGACAUCGAAAACACGCUCUCGGUGCAAGAGAGGAAUGUUUCCACUAAAUCUCCAAGUGCACCUACUAACUGGAGGAGAGGCAAACUGCUUGGACAGGGAGCUUUUGGACGUGUCUACCUCUGUUACGACGUAGACACAGGAAGAGAACUUGCUGCAAAACAAGUCCAGUUUGACCCUGACAGCCUCGAGACCAGCAAAGAAGUAAGCGCUUUAGAGUGUGAGAUUCAGUUACUGAAGAACCUGCAGCACGAGCGAAUAGUGCAGUACUACGGCUGCCUGCGUGAGAAAGCAGAGAAGACUCUCUCAAUUUUCAUGGAAUAUAUGCCUGGAGGUUCGGUGAAGGACCAGCUGAAAGCAUACGGAGCACUGACGGAGAAUGUGACCCGAAAAUAUACCAGGCAGAUUCUGGAGGGAGUGUCCUACCUACACAGUAACAUGAUUGUACACCGGGAUAUAAAGGGAGCCAACAUAUUGCGAGACUCUGCAGGGAAUGUGAAGUUGGGCGACUUCGGAGCAAGCAAACGGCUGCAGACAAUAUGCAUGUCGGGAACUGGGAUCCGCUCGGUCACUGGGACACCAUAUUGGAUGAGCCCAGAGGUCAUCAGCGGUGAAGGCUACGGAAGGAAAGCAGAUGUUUGGAGUCUGGGCUGUACAGUGGUGGAGAUGCUGACAGAAAAACCUCCCUGGGCUGAAUAUGAAGCUAUGGCUGCCAUUUUCAAAAUCGCCACGCAGCCGACAAACCCCCAGCUCCCAUCUCACAUUUCAGAUCACUGCAGGGACUUCCUGAAGAAAAUAUUUGUGGAUGCAAAGCAAAGGCCAUCAGCAGAGGAACUAUUCAGAAACCCAUUUGUCCAGAUCACUCACUGAUGGAGGUAGCUGGCUCUGAAGCUGGGAUUAAGAUUUUUUUUUUUAACUGUCUACAGGUUAUUAUGCUUAGUGUUCCAUUCAGUCAGUAUGCUCAGUAACACCAAUCGAAACAUGAGUGCCUGUGCCCCAAGGCAGCAGUUUAGUCUUGUGGUAUAGUGUGAAUGGGGAAGAAUAGCUGGACAACUAUGUGAUUCCCGAUGCAUCUACAGACACCACCACCAGGCUUUUCUGCAGAAGGUCUCAUCCCAGCGCUGUGUGCCAUCAGCUGGACAGCAUUUCAACAGUGUGGAACACCUCAUUAAAACCUUUAGUAGUUACAUAGAAUGCAAGAUUACAACCAUUAUGCAAAAUAUGAUAAACUCUCAAUGCAAAGUGGAAGUAAUGCAGCUUUCCUGAGGAAUGUAUAUAUUGAACUUGGGAGUAUCUUACGAAAGCGCCUUGUCAUCUGUCCAUCCAGCUAUCUCCAUCUAUUUUUCAUGUACGUUGUAGGCAGAGCUUUGUACCAGGAGCCAAGCUUAAGGUGUUCUGGUGAGGUUUGGGCUUCAGCCUGCUGGAAAUCCAUCUCACCUGUUUCUGUCAAACUCGUGCUUCAAUCAGGAGUAAUAUAUUUUUAUUAUAUGAGUGUGUGUACGCACAUACAUAUCCUGUAUGCCAAAGUCUGAUCAUUUUUUUCUCUCUUUACCCAACCUUGAAUGUCUUACUUGAUAAGACCAGAUCCAUAUCAAGGCAAACUGUGAUGUGGUUCUAUCGUUAAGUGUCUGGUAACUGGUUGGAAUGUGCAGAUUUCAACAAUCGCCAAAACCAACGUACUUUUAGCAAAGUAACCAGUCUCCAGAUUUUGGGAGAGUAGCAGGAGAAAGACAAACAUCUCUUUUUAUUUGUCUCCCCUCUGUUUAAAGGUGCUAGUUCUCACAUCUGAAACAAACAGGUGUCCUCUGCCAUUUGCACCCUGUGCCUUUAGGUUUGUUAUGUAAAAAAAAAUUAAUUCAAUGCAAGUUUCUUAUUUGCCAAUGUUAGUGUUCAGCCAGUAAUUGCUCAACAAAGUAAUGACACUGAAAUUAACUCCAGAUCUUGUGUGGAAUAACCCCAUAAAUCAAUAGAGAGAACACCUCAUUCAGAAUUGCCUUUCCAUGUGGCUGAGCCACAGCAUUGGUUUUGUAGUAGGUAAGGGUUUUUGCAUUUCUUUGGUAUCUGCAGCUAGCGAUGGGCAAUACAUCUUUGUGCAAUCAAAUUAGAAUUAAAGUUUUACAUUGAGACUUUUCCACAACUCCACAGUACCCAUGAAAUUGCACAAACAACACUCUAAAAUGCUCUCCCAAUCACACAGGUAUUUUGGAUCUUUCAUGAUGGUGACUGGUUAUUGUCCCACCUAUACUUUUAGUUGAAGCUGCUACACCCCUCCAUGUGCACUGGAGAAAAGUACUUCACAGUGGCAUUUGCUGCAGUACUUGUUCAAAAUAUUUGUUAAUGGCAAGAGUCGCUGCCUUACACACCUAUUAUGCUGUGAAUGGGUGCCUGAUCUCUGUUGCUAGCGCACAGUGAGAGCCACAGUGUCAUCAUUUGAUGCUGUUGAUGACUGCUGAUCACAAAUACCUUUUUCGUCCAGAUAAAAACAAAACACUAUUGACAAUUUUGACCAAGUAGGCCAAGUAUCACAAUAGAGGGGUGCGGGAGCCAUGAUGACUAAUGUUGCUCGUUGUGGUUUUACACUUUGUUUAGCAUGGCUAAAAGCUAGUUUUUUCCCCAAGGUUGGCAACCAUUAGUUAACUUUUUAAAAACCUUUUAUUUCAAGUGACUUUGUUUAAACCAGUUCUGUGAACUGUUGUCACCCCCAACAAACAUUCCUUCACAUGUGUGACCCUUAAAGUACAGACAAUCCCAGAUAUCCCCAAAAUGGUUGCAGUGGAGGUAUUGCUCAUCACUUGAACUGAAUUCUAACAUUGAGAUAAAGAACAAAGGGACAGAGAACUCUCUCCCACUUUCUGUAUAAGACUAAUGCCAACUGCUUUCGGCUCUGUGAAGAUGCACUUUCUUGAAUGUAUUUUGUACUGAACUUAUUUUUUAAUUUCCCCUUUGCUGAUGUAAUUUAUGCCUCUUUAUACUUUUAUUUUAUUUUUUUAUUUAUACGAGAGAUGCUAUUUGACGGUUUUAUAUAUAUAUAUUUAUAUAUAAGACUUGAGACUGUUGCAUAAAUCUAAUGCAUAUAUGGUGCCUUUAAGAAAAAGCAGCUGGUUUUGCAGGAGUUGGACGGAGACUUUGAGUACCAUUCUGUGUUGCCCAGCACAUCGUACAGUGAUGAAUGUAUUCAGCCUUCUUUAUUUUUGCCAGAGGGGAUGUAAUGUGAGUGUUUGUGGUCAUAGCAAAAGUUUCUGGUAGCCUUGAACAAAUUGCAGGCUUGUCAGAGUAGCAAGCACCUGCUGUCAAAAUGUGGCUUACUUAGAAACCAUUGUGCCAGAAGUAUGGAAAUUAGUGAAACAUUUGGAACAGAUGCCAGGGAGGUUCUUCAUUUAGAGAUAGAUGCAAGCUUCUCACAUCUAUGGAAUACUGCCUAUCGAGGGAUCAGUUUAAGAUAAAGGCUGGCCUUGAUGUAAUUGUUGUAAACAGCACCAGGGGCACCUUUCCUCAUCCAGCUCAUCACUUAGUCAAACUAACUGUCCUGAUGUUUUAUUUUGGACCAGUUAUACAACUCCCUCUCCAUCCUCUGUUUCCUUUAGUGACUGUUCCUUCUGCCACCUUAAACUCAUGCUCUGCAAUUCUCUUCUAACUCUCUCCCCAUCUUCACGAAGCUCUUCAAAACUUGUGUCCAGCAGCAUCUUUAAUCACUUUGCCUGUUCUCUCGAUUUCUGCUCUUUUCUUUUUGCUCCAUCCCCACUCCCCUGUUAAACCCACCAGCAGGUAUUUCAUGACAAUUAAGACACCCUCCAGGUACAAAGUUUGGACUAAUUACAGUUAAAUACUGAAUCAGGUGACAGGGAUGGAAUGGCCAAGUGCAUCAAGGAAAACUGUUUACUGUAACCCCCCUUAGAGUAACAAAAGCCACUUUUCCAGUUCUUCCAUUUAUUUCCUUGAGUUAAUAAGAAAUUGGAAUUGGGAAUGUUACUAUUAUAUCUGGGUUUUUGAACAGUCUUGAGUAUUAUCUUAUUUGUAAUGGUCAACAGCUGUUGGCAGGAAGGGGGAAUUGAUUCAUUCUUGGCACUGGGCAGCACAGAAUGUCUGUACAAAGUCUCCAAUCACGUAGGAAUGGCAGGGAGCCCUCUGUCAGAUCCAGAGAAGCGCUAAAGGCUUGCAGUGCAGAGCCACUCCAAUAGAUUGUGUUUUUAAAAUAAAACCAGAUCAUUUUUUCAUAUUUUUAAUGAGGGAAGAUACAUUUAUACAGAUUUUUUUUUCAGAUGACUAUUUUUCAGAGUACUUGAAUGUUUUCUUUGAAAUGAAAGGCAGCCGAGGUUGGUCUACUUUCCUUUAACCUGUUGGCUCCAAUGCCUCUCUAGUAUAACUGUUCCAUAGUGCAUUUCUGUCUGUAUUAAGUGAGACAUUCGUUCAAAGGUCCUAGCAUUUCCUUCAGUUGGACUAUAAAGCUGCCUCUAAGGGGCCCAGUGAAUGACAACUCUUCCCAAGUUCAAACCACGACCUGCAACCUUUGAACCCUCACACCACAUUGGGUCCAGCAACCACUAAACUAUCAUUAUUGUCUGCCAAACUUUGUGCACUCCACCUGACUUAUUACUAUUCCAGAGACAUCGCAAGUUGCAUAUCACAGAUUUAGGAUUGGCUUGGAUCGACAGCUCACAGGUUCAAGGCUUAUUGUAAAAAUAUUGGUCUGUGCGCCUGAGUACAAGAUGUUUGUCAAUGCUGGGAUACCCAGACAUUCACAUACUUAGAUGUCUGCCUCUCCCUCCACCUCCCCAUUAACCUUCCUCUCCCCUCAACUUCACUCAUGGAGACCAGAGGUGGAAGCAUAAUCCGCACUCUAGAAGCUGCUCAAAUGGUGCCACAACAUCUGAAUCAGAUUUCCUUCCCUUUUUUUAUUCUGUGCCUCAAUUACUGUUCAACAGUUACUAAAUACAGCAUUUGUUGAUUAUGCAGUAGCAAAAUCUGCGAGGUGAACCUGCUGAGCCAGUUUUUACCUAUCGCUGGCCCCCUAUCGAGCUCUCCUGUCCCACCCCCCUUCUACCAGCUUAUAGUUCAUCUCAUUUCUAUAUAUCUUAGUUCUGAUGAAGGGUCAUACAGACUUGAAAUGUCAAUUGUGUACCUCUCCGCAGAUGUUGUCAGACCUGAGUUUUUCCAAAUAUUUUUGUUUUUGUUACUAUUUCUGUAGAUGGUGCAGUGCACUAAAGUGCUGGCCAGGAGGAGCUCCAGCAUCCAAAAAUUCACAUCAACAGCAUUCCACUUGGAAUGGCCUGAGCAAGCCACUUCCACACAGACUUUGAGGAAUGGGGCAGAAUCACCUCACAAACCUCUUGCGCACCUAGCUUAACAAAGAUUCUGCAGAGGUGUGGAUAAGGGAUGACUAACCUACCCUCAUAGCCAGGGAAACAGACCUGGGAAAUUAAAUAUAAAGGCUGACCUCCAGAUAUGUUGAAACAUUCACUUCUCAAUGUAAAAUAAUCAAAAUGCAUAACAUCGCAAUGCAAAGUCUUGUACAAUUGCAAAUGUAAGGCGAUCAUGUGUCUUCAAAGGCCCAUUUCUGACUAAAGGUUGUGUGAAUUAUCCAUUGAAUGUUUUAGUACCAAAAGUGCCCUGGUCUCCAUCGAGUAGGCGAAGCAACAGCAGGUGGUGGUGUGCACAUCCUGUAAGCUAAUGCCCAAAUAUACAGUCAUGUAGCCAAAGACAUUAUUGCUUUGAUGAGCCUGGAACAUUUUGAAUCGUGUUCUGUGUCCUUUCCUGCCGACAGUGCCCCCAACCCACGUACCAAAUGGUGAGGCACUCUGCUACCGCACAUACUGUUCCACUACUCAGACUGCUCACUGGAGAAGGUUGAGAGACUGUUUUGAGUGUGCCAUCCUCCCGGAUGUCUCCUAUAUAGCUUGUGGGAGGAGUCUGCACAUAACAGUUUAGGCUGGGAUCAGGAGCAUCCACACUGUUUCAGCAUGACUCCUCAAAUCUUUGACCCACGUGUGAAUCCCCAGCAGAAACUGAAAAGUAUUUCGACAGAACACCCAGGUGUGUACCGUUAGGUUGCUUUGUAGGAAGUGGAUGGGAGCGAGACAGCUCCCAAAAUGUGCCACAAUUCUGGUACACUUUAGUGACCCCAGAAUAUUUUUCUGUAUAAGCGUUAUAAGUGUCAGCACACAUUUUAGCAAACUUGUAUAUGCUUUUUACUGCUUUCCAAAGGGGAAAACCAAGUUGUGUGUUGUACAAGUCGCCCUUGGAGACAAUUGCUCCAUGAUACACUCUAUUUAAACAGCCUGCAUCUUGGUUGCAGAAAUGAAAAAAUUAACACUGUCAAAUAUCUAUUUAAUACUAUUCGCAAAUGUUACAAACUGUUAUUGUUUGUCAGAAAGAGAUCCUUUGCAUAUUGCAGACUCCCAGGCUGGAGAAAGAUUGCCAUAGUUUGACACUUUGGUGUAUAUAAUUUUAUAUUUGUUUUGCAGAAUAUAUGCUUGUACAGUUCUAUAUAUUUGUACUAUGAAGUGCCACAAUGCAGUGAUGUGCUGCAGCUUUUAUGGUCUAGACUCUCGGCCUCUUACUGGCUGAAGGAAUCGUUACAUUCAGGCAGCAGUCCAGUUUGUGGGUCCCUUCCAUCCCUUCCAUUGGGUUAGAUAGGUUGUGUUCUCCUAUCCCCUCCUGUCACGAUGGGAGCUUAUGUGUUCUGUGUUUGUGCUUUUUGCUGUUUGACUGGGGAGCACAAACUAUAAAACUAAAGGGAAAAAACCCCAAUCGUUCGUAUUUUUCCGGCUCUUUAGCUGUUGCCCUGAAGUCUUUAAAGAGGUCUAAGCAACAGGAGCAGUAAUGCGAAAGAGUUAUCUGCCUGUUGCAGUAUAUCUCUACUGUACCCACAUACAAUCCUACCUCAGCUUUCUACUGCGUGCCCCCCCCCAUACCACGAUAUCACUUUUUGAAUCGAUACGCCAAGAGCUGGAAAGAGGUGAGUGAGAGCACUGCUUUUGGAGAAGGUCCAGUAGCAUCUGCUAACUCAAACUUGCAGCCAAGUACAGGGACAGCUUGAUCCAUGAAACACCACUGAGUGGGUGGCAUGAAAUAGUUUGGACUUUCCAUCUACAGUGUUAACAUCACUGUAGGUGCUGAUUUUCCAAGUUAUUUGCAGGAAUUUCUCCCCAUACAAGGUACCAUCUCUCACUGUCCCUGAGAGUGAAAUAUUACCUAUUCUGAUUGGGAGCAAGAUAAGUUUCAGUGCAAAGCCCAUUUAAAGCUGGAAAUAGCCAAACAUGUGUCCGUCCCCUUGGAUUCAGGCUGUCACUAAAUUGCCUCUUUAUCCAGUCCCAGAUUAAAGUGGGCUCAACAUUCAUACAAAUGGGGACAUGAUAACAUAUAGCCAGAGCAGGUAACUAGUCAGUGUCACAGUUCAAGGUCAGUCUGCGACUGCCAGGCAAAUGAAAUUGACAUUUGCACAGCUCUGCUGAAUUUCAAAGCGACCUUUGGAGCUGGACCGCCCCCCCCCCCAUCCCCACCACAACCACUGAGUCAACCGUUGUGACAGCUGGGUGAUGGAAGUUUGCAGGGAACCCAUACUUACCCCCUCAGCAACACAAUACUGUAGGAGCACCAGCAGAAGUCUCAGUCUGUAGGUAUGCACUUUGUUGAAGGGAGCUUGGCCUCAUGCAGGUCUCAUUGAGUGUGCAUCGUCCCUUUUGUUCUAUUCCAACAGUGUGGACCGCAAACCAAGCCAUUUUAUGCUCCUCUUACCACAUAAUUUCUAAAAGGAACUGCCUUUGUUACAGCUUGCCAGUAGGCAAAAGCUAUACUCAGUGUUAUGUGGACUCAGCAGUAUCCUAAAUAGGGGAUAGUUGAGGGAAGAAAAACACCAGAAAAUGUCAGAUUCACACCAGAUCCCUUUGGCUUCUGAAAGAGGAAAGCCCAAGAUCCUUUAUUAGGACCUGAGGAAGGAUCAGACAAUCAGAUCGAGGGUUUCCACUCUGAGGCAUUAACCCAAUGGACUUGUGGCAGUUUUUUUUUUAAACUGCAAACACCCCAAAUCACUAACACUGAAGUGCCGGAAAUAAUUGCAGACAGGUUGGUAGGUCCUCAUCUGUAGCUACGUAAUGCAGGUUGAGCUGAGAAUGGAGAACGAUAACUCCGAUUUGGGGAAUCAUGUUUUGAAGUGUUUUAUGUAUUUUGUAAGUAUGACCCACAUUACAGCAAAUGUGUGUUUGAUACUUUUUUUUUAAAAAAUGCUUUUGGCGUACUAAUAUAUGCACUACAUACACUAAUGCAGUUUAUUUUGAUAAGCUCUUACAUUCAACAUUUAAAUGUAUAAAUUGAACAGUAUUCUGUAUUGGUGUAAUAUAGUUUUUAAUGUUCUAUUCCCUGAUUACAGUAUUUUAUACAAUUGUUUAUUGAUGCUUGUAUGUAGCACUACAUAUAUGUUUUUAAAAGUUUUGCAAAUAUAGGAAAAAAGAUAAAAACAUAAAAA